GACAAACCGGUAGAUUUUUUGCUGGUUUGAAGUGAUCUUUGGAAAGUGUCACCUUGCAGAUAUUAGGCCUAUUAACAUGGAGUCAAAAGGAGGAAACAUGGAAGGUGAUUUAAACAAGGACUCCAGACCAGAUGAAGAGAUCAAGUUGAGCAUUGGUGAAUCCAAAAAUAAGGAGGAGGUAACAAACAUGGAGGGUCCUGAUAAGAAUGACAAUGUGACUAUUGUAUUAGAUCAUUCUGAAUCAGAACUCAAACAAGAAAAGGACCGAAAAGACAAAGAACACAUUGAGGAAUCAAAUCACGUCAAGGACCACCACGAUGCCGCUAAUGGCGAUAUCGAGAUGAAAUUCGUCCUGGACAACAAGCAUCUCCAUACCGCCCUCUCCAUACCCGGCAGUAGACCGGGGACUCCGAACACGGCCAGGAAACGCAAGAACCGCCACCUUGAGGAGAUGAACAUGGCUGAGAUGAUCUCACUUAGCGGGGUGGAAAGUAUGUGCACCAUCUCCAACUACGAUGGCAUGUCUACCCGAGGCUUUGAUGAUGAUGAGGAAGGGGGUGAGGAGGAGGAGGAGGUUGAUAAGGGCAUCGGAGUGCAUCAUGUCUUGUCCGUCCUCCUUGCGAUGAUGUCGGUCGCAAUCGUCCUGCUUCUCUAUUUCCUGGUGCCUUGUCCAAUGGAGCCUGAAAAUUGGAGCGUGCAGAUGGAAGGAAUAGUUUCAUCAUCUCCUGUAAGACUACUUGAUGUCAAUAGAGAUGGCAUGGACGAUGUCAUAUUCGGCUUCUCCAUUGGAAAAUCUACCGACCCACCUGAAGUUAAAGCACAACUGUGUGAAAAUCUCAAUUUAUCGUCGUCCUGCAGUGGAGGGGUGAUAGCCAUGAGUGGCUGGAGGGGUGAGGUAUUAUGGAGACUGGACAUGAAUCACACCAACAUCAAUAGCUUGGUCUGCAAUCAGCUGGACGUCAACAAGGACGGUCAGUUGGACUGUCUGGCCGCAGGACGAGAUGGUCUUCUGAUGGCCAUCAAUACAAAAACAGGUGCCAUUCUAUGGGAAGCUGAUCCCUCUGUGACCGUACCAGCAUGGACCUAUUCUCAGCCUCAGACCUUACCUGAAGAUCUAGACGAUGAUGGCGUAUUGGAUCUUGUAGUGUCACAUGGUGUCAAUUAUGAGAAUAUAUCGGAGGGCGCACAGGGUGGUGAUGAACUUGGAAGGCUUCUGCUGCUAUCAGGGAAGACUGGUCAAUCAUUGGGUACUUACCUGGAGAUGCUCGACGGACAUGCCUCAGUGAGCCCACCAAUCGUCUUUCAGGCCUCUGAUGAUCAAGAUGACACACCCUAUAUUGUGUUCGGAUCUGGGACAGCGUCUGGAACUGUUAGCCCAGGGUCUAUGUGGAUGGUGAGCCUAGAGAGGCUACUAUGUCAUGUGACAGGAAGUGACUGCAUUACCCACAGCACUCCCUCUGGUGAGCAACAAGAGACUAUCAGGACCGGUGUGUCUAGUAUAGAUGACCAUGUCAUAGAACUUGUAAGAGGAAAUGGAGAUGGUUUCAUCCUCCCCGCAAUCGUAGUUGACAUGACGAUGGAUGGGGUCAAUGACCUCAUCAUCAUAUCCCAUGAUGCCUUAGUCACUGCCAUCAAUGGAUCUAGCUUCAAGCCUCUGUGGAGUAUACAGCUUGAUGUCGACUCUGAGUACAGACCAUACAGUGUGUCAGCACCUGGACACUUCAACGACGAUGAGAUACCAGACCUGAUGGUACAGCUGGGUCCACAUCAAUCGGCAUCCAACACUAGCCAUGCAAACAAGAUUGUCAUACUGGAUGGAGUGACUGGAGGAGAACUGUGGCACACAUUGACAGAAUCAAGCUUUGAGAACCAGCCUAGAGACUCUAGACCAUCACCUCUUAGUCUACGAGCUCGGGGGGAGAAAGAUGCGUUCACAUUUUGGAUAGAACACCAUCCCAUAAAGGAAGUGGGAACAACUACACAGAGUAACAUAGACGGGUGCUCAGAUCUCAUCUCUAAAUACCCUACUCUCAACCUUGUGAUGAUGGACAGAGAUAUGGCCAUGGACCCACCCAGUCUCCUCUCAAUACGACCAUACAAACCCAUACGCACUACACCGAGCAGUCAGCCCUCCAGUGACAUCACUACAAGUCAGCCAAUCAGCAUUGGAGCUUCUAGUCACAUGACAUCUCCGCCUGUUCCCGAGGCCUCGAGUCCCACGGUGGUAGAUGUUACACCAUUGCUAAGUGAUUUGACUGCCUCCAGCUCUAUUCCACUAAAUGCAUCUUCAUCGUCAUUGUCCUCGUCAUCGACAUCGUCACCUCAAAGAUUGAGGAGAUCAAGCUCCGAAGAUUGUAUGAUGAUGGAACCGAUCCUCGAAAGCACAGGUAUUAUAGGUGAUUUUGACGAUGAUGAUUCCCUGGAACUCAUUGUUGCUUUCAACACAAUGCCGACGUACCUUGGGUCCCCUGCCAGUCCUACCAACCAGCCCCAGGCCUAUCUUACAAUCCAGCGUGUGAGUCUAGAGCAAGCCCUGGACCAGAAUAGGAGGAUCAAGCUAGUCCUGGCCGACUCCUUCCUUAGUCCCAGCAUUGAGAACUCAACCGUCAGUGGGAACAUCUUUGAUCAUUUUGACUUGUUGGAGACCAAGUUUCAGACCUGGUUGGGGUACUUGGGUACCAAAGCAGAUGGAAGGUAUACUUAAUCACAUGUCUGUCACAUGAUGCAUACAGUCCAGUCUGCCCCUGGCUAACUUGAUCACAAAUUGUUCUUCAAAUUGUCAAAAAUUAUCUUUUUCUUUGAAUGUAACAUUCUUCUAUUAAAAUGCAAUGUCUCUGAAAACGAUUUCCAUGGGUAGAAGUUUGGUUGGAAUAUUGAGACAAGUUGCAAAUUUUAUCGAGAAAAAAAAUGAUUUUGAAUCUCUCAGUGUCUUGCCAAUUUAAUGAUCUUGUAGCUUGUUUGCCUUUAUAAAUUCCCUGUAUCAAACGCAAUUUGUCCAUGCAAUAAAAACGAACUCAAUAUACGCAGAACUUUUUGCCCUUUCUUUCCAUCCAUUUAGUAUGUUUUUAAUGCUCUUGAUCAAAAGAUACUCAGCAAAAACAAAAUUUUUUAAAUAUAUGUCUCGAGGGGUUUAAUUUAAAGGCCACCUAUGCUUAAAGGCAACCUGGUCAUAAUGGUCUUUUUUAUUCUACACCACUAAAGAGACAUGAAUACAAGACCAGUCUGCCUUAUCACUGUUUGUUUUUCUUUCAACUUUUUGUGUGGAAGUAUGUAUGUUUUUAAUGCUCUUGAUCAAAAGAUACUCAGCCAAACCAAAAAAAAAAUGAAAUAUAUGUCCCGAGAGGUUUAAUUUAAAGGCCACCUCUGCUUAAAGGCAGCCUGGUCAUAAUGGUCUUUUUUAUUCUACACCACUAAAGAGACAUGAAUACAAGACCAGUCUGCCUUAUCACUGUUUGUUUUUCUUUCAACUUUUUGUGUGGAAGUAUGUUCUUGUAAUUGCUAACUCAUUUACAGUCAAACUCAUUAUAUAAAAAAAAAAGUCACUUUUCUAUCUUAAAAGUUUAAGACCAACUUUAACCAAUGAUAGUAUAGGAAUUUGCAUUCGUAAAUUGACUGCCAUAUGCAAUAAUGAAAGGGCAUAACUAUACAUGGAUGUAACAACGAUGAUACUAGAAACAUAAUGUUGAUGACGUGAAUGGUGAUUAUGAUGGCAAUGGUGAUGGCAAUGGGAAUCAAAUUGUACAUUGUGUGAAUGGUUUGGGCCUAUUUAUAGACAUUCAAUGCUUUAUAAUUGCUUAAAUUACUACGAUUACUUGGUUAAUUACAUUGAUUUUGGUGAUGACUAUGAUAGCAGAGAUCGGUGAUUUUAAAUGAUAUUUAUUUUAUUGUAGUGGUUACACCCAAUUGAGAUGAAUAAUGAUGUUAAUGAUGAUGACGUUUAUAGUGAUAUAAAGUAUCUCUGUGUUGAAAAUCGUGAUGUUCAUAGAGAAUAUGCUAAAUUUAAUUUUAGCUAUCGCCAAUACCCCCAAAUGCCCGGAUGUUAUUUUCAAGCCUCCAUUUCAAAUGCACUCUGUGAUAGCUAGGUGACUCAGUCGCUUCCAGUCUUUUGUGCAGCUAAACUGUACCGUCCAGUCUCACCCAAUGCAGAGCAGCGUAGCAGCCAGCAGUCAAUAGUCACUGUGCUAGCUGUCUAUAUUAUAGAGAUAUUGACUGCUUUGAAAAAGCACUGUAUGGUGUCCGCUCGCUCAAAGAACUUUUUAACACGUAAACCAAUGGGUAUCGCAGCACAAUUUUACUAUUUUCAUGGUAAUCAGAAUUUUGAGGGAUCUCACUCUUGGACUAUUAACCAGUAAUGGCAUUUUUCGCUUCUUUACGGGAAUGGCUAAAAUCAAGAGUUCAAGACUCCAAUUUCGACCAAUCAGAUGGCUGGAUUUCUUAAGUGAGGUAUAUAAAGUACUAUGUCGUAAGCAAUUCUCUAUGUUUUACAAACUGUGAAUCUGCUGUGUGCUGGUCGCAAAAAAUAAAUGAAAGAACCUUCAGAGAUAUCCCUGAAUGAGAGAUGUGUCUUACUUGGGUAAUCUUCCCAACAAGUCCUAUACAGCGCGCACGCGCGCGACCUGGAAAAGGUUGAUCCAAAGGCAAGACCAGUUUAAAAUCACUGCACAAUCGUGACUCGGUUCGCAGCAUUUUUACAAAGAACAAUUACAAAAUGAUGGACAUGCAGUGAGAUUCCUUAAGUAUUUCUUCUCAAAAAAUCAUGGAUACAAUCAAAAUCAGAGGGAGUCGGUAGCAGCCGACCAGAGAGAAAUCUAGAAUUGGCUUUCGGAUCAGUAUAUUAUGCAUGCGUGAUAUGUGUAUCUUGCGCGCGCCGCAUGCACCAUAUACCGGAUGUAUAGGAGUACCGGAAGUGGCUCAAAAUUACAUCCAAGAGGCGCACAUCCUGGUAUUUGGGGGUAUUGGCGAUGGCGAGAAUUCUUUUGGGGCAUUUACUAUUUCAGUAUUUGUAUUUAUUAACAUUUAUUUCCUUCUCAACAGUACAAUAUGAAACACGAUGU